UCAGCCUCAGAUGGCCUCAGAGCGCUCAGAGCUAUUGGCUUCUGUUAUUUAGAAUUGUUACAUUGUCAGUGACUGUCUUGCGAAGAAAAUUUGGAGUUGUGUGUACGUGCUAAACAUAAAAACAAUCAUGCUGAGGUCACGUCUCAUUAGUGUGCCGAAAGCUAUUAAACGUAACAUCAGUACCAACGUUCCUGCUUUGCAGAAAGCAGUUGAUCCUAUACAGCAGAUCUUCCUUGACAAACUUCGGGAAUACAAAUCAAAAAGCGCAGGUGGGAAAUUAGUUGAUCCUAGUCCGGAAAUUACAAGAGAACGGGAUUCUGAAUUAGAAAAACUUAACAUGCAAUAUGGUGGUGGUCCAGGAGUAGAUAUGAUACAAUUUCCUCAGUUCAAAUUUGUUGAUCCACCUGUGGAUGUGGGUGUUAAAAAGUGAACAUGUAUGUAUCAAUAUAUAUCAUAGGACAUUCAUGUACUGUUGAACUAUUAAAUAUUAAGUAAGUCAUCUUAAAAA